AGCGGCUUUGCUCCAACUGCGCCCGCCAUGGCCGGGACUGGCCAUGAACAUGGCGAUGAGGAAGGUGGGCGGCUUCUCGAGGAGGGCAGAUGCAGUGGUCCAGAGCGGCAGCACAUCGAGGACCGGAUGGGCGUCUGUGAUUGGGUGUACCCGCUGGUGUGCAUGCGUGCCCCCGACGAGCUCACCGAGGAGGAGCGCGAAGUGGCGUGGCACCUGCGGCGGCGGCUGGUGAACGCACCCAAGCCGGACGCGGAAGCCUUGCAGGAACCCUUCCUCGUCGAGGCUACGGCCUCCCACGCCAUGCGCUGAUGGGCACGGGCGAGCUCUUCAGAGGAGCGCGCAAGACGCCGCCAGGGAUCGUGGCCGCUGGAGCAGCUGAGGAGCAUGGCGAAACACCACUCGCGCGAGCUGUGCGAGAUGGCGGACGUCGCUCGCAGCGGCAGG